ACAUCCUCAUCCUCCCCAACCCUCAACUCUCCAUCACACUCAUUCUAGUCGGCGUUUGACUGUUCUCCUCUUUGCCCCCUCCGGCUACUCUCUCGAAACUAUUACAAGAGGCGGCCGCGCCGCCUCCCGACUUGCGCAAUUUGUACAAGCCACAAUCUACAACAACUACUAGCACUUUUGCAACGACACAUCAAACACUACCACCAACACAAUGUCAUUGUCGCGCACAAAUUCGCUGUUUGGACGCAGGUCGUCGUCGGGAUCGACCGCUCGCCACUCCCGUCUGCGCAGCGAGAUUCCUGAUCCGGCAGAGAUGGACGCCGCGUUUGACGGCCCACACGACGACGACGACCACGACGAUGCCCAGGAGGACCAUCAUCUCCUCGCCAACAACUCGCGCUCGCAAGAGCACCGCGCCGUCAUGCCUGGCGACUAUGACUUUGACCGCGAUUACUUCCUCGGCCCACCACCGGGCUCACCACCACCGUUCGAGCCGUACUCUGCCACCAACCCCGCACCGGGCAACACGAACGGCGUCAUCCCCGCCAGCAGCAGCGUGCAGCGGCCCGCGAGACGACACUUCCUCGGCGGAAUCCUGCCUCUGUCGUUCCUUCCGACCCGAGCGCCAAGGCAAGGGCCCGCCGUGGGUGGUGGUCAGAGCGGCGUUUUUGCAAACCUGAGUGCACGACCUGAGAACAGGACCGUCCGCCAAGGCGGUGAAGACGGCCCCGAGUUUGCCAACGAGGACGAGAUGAAGGACGCACCGCCGUCGUACCAGACCGCGCUGCGCGAUGCGGUGCCGCCAUACUGGGACACGACGGUCGUUCUGCCCGCGGCGUCGUCGCCAUUCGGCCCCCUCCACAGCUCGGUUAAUGGCGACGAGAUUCUCAUCGACGGGAUGGCGGCUGGCAACUUUUUCGGAUUCAUCUGGAACCUCGUCGUGUCUGGCGCGUUCCAGUUUGUCGGUUUCCUCCUCACCUACGUUCUCCACACGACGCACGCUGCCAAGUACGGCUCGCGUGCUGGUCUCGGCGUCACACUCGUUCAGUUUGGAUUCAAGCUGCGGUCCGAAGCCCUCAAGCUGCAAAAGGAUGGCCACUUCAAGGGCGACCUGGAUAUUGUCGACGAGGCGACAGGCAAGACGCAGGCAGACUUGAAUGCCGAGAACAUUCUUGCGACGUAUACGAAUCUGCGAUGGCCCCAGCCGGUCCCCAUCCCCGCCGCAUGGGGUGGCAACGGCAGCCAGACGCUCAUGUUCAACAGCGUGCAGCACUUGGAAGACUAUGCGCACGCACACAACGGUACCCUGCAGGACAUUCUCCCCGGAAUGAACCCCAUCGACGUCGGCAAGGCCAACGAAUGGUUCAGCUUGAUGCUCAUGACCAUUGGCUUCUUCUUGCUCCUCGCAAGCAUUGGCGGCUGGUGGCGUGUCAAGCGUUUCGAGAGCAAGCUCAAGGCUGCGCAGCGCGAGUCUGAGCGUGCGCAGGCCGAGGCGCGCGGCGACGUCGAACUCGACGGUGCCGAUGUCGAGGAGAUUGACACGCGCCGAGAGCCUGGACCGCGCGAGAUGGCCUACUACACUGCGGCGUUCACGCAGGCGAUGAACGGCAUGCGGGAACUGCAGCGUGGCUUCCUCGGUGAGCGCGGACGACGAGACGGGCCUGAACGCGGCGACACAUUGUUCAACGAGGAUGAUGCCGAGGCCGAGUUGUUGCAGGCGCAAGGGUAUGGGUUGGAGCCCAUGGCCAACAAUGCGCCGUCGCACGGGCGAGGGCUGUGGGGGUCGCACUAGGGAGGUUUAGUCAAUGGUUGUAAUUUUUCUCUGUGACUGUAUGCACUACAAUC